AUGACGACCACUGUCGAGCUGGCCUGCGUGCCCUCGGCCGACACACCUGGCACCUGCAUCUACAUGCACCACGACAAGCGCUCCUACGUCUUUGGCCGCGUCUCGGAGGGAACGCAGCGAGCGUUCGGCAGCCGAAAGGUACACCUGGGAGGCACCGAACACGUCUUCCUCAGCGGCAGCGUCCACUGGGAGCAGCUGGGCGGCCUGUGCGGCUACCUGCUGAGCGUCGGCGGCGCCGUCGAGUCAGCCAAGGAGUACAAGGCGCAGGAGAACACCAAGAGGGAGCAGAAAGGCCACAAGCUGCUGAACAACACUCGGCAUGCCGGAAUUGCCGUGCACGGGGCGGACAAUCUGUGCCACACGCUGGCGGCGUUGCGGCCAGUCAUCUUCCGACAGCCUAUAUGCGUCAAGACCUUUGAGCACAGGACAGACCCGCGGGCGACAGAUGCGGCAAACCUCGAGCCAGACUGGUCCGACGAUGCCAUCAAGGUCUGGAAGAUACCCGUACGACGAGCACGGUCCAGCAGUCCCCGGAAACGACGACACAGCGAUCCGGCUCAGGACGGGGCCGACGCCAUGUCCGAGGAUGCGUCUUCAGAGGAAGCCAGCUUCCGGCCACGAGCGUCGCUGUCUGAUCCCGGCGUUGCGAGCGCAAUUGUCGAGCGCAUCAUGUUCAACGGCAGCCUUAAGAACAGAUCCGUGCUGGUACCGAAGAAGAUACGCGACCUGAAGCCCACGGACAUUGCUGCCGUUGUCAAAGGCGGCACGAUGAAGUUGUACAAGGGCCCGUACAUGACGGAUGGCGCCGAGGUUCCCAACCCAGAUGACACGGUGUGGCAUUUUCCAGAGGUUGGAGAGACUGGCAGCGUAGACGAAAGGGGAGACAACGUCCUGCAAAUCAACCACUACCCCCUCCCCAGGACGACAUACGGCGAGACGUCCAUGAGCUACAUCAUCAAGUCUCACGGCCGCAGAGGAAAGUUCAACGCACCCAUGGCCAAGUCGCUGGGAGUAGAGCCUCGAGAUUUCAAACUGUUGACCGCAGGGCAGAGCGUUCAGGGGAAAGAUGGCCUGGUGACGCCUGAAAUGGUGCUCGGAGAGCCGCAGCCCGGCAGAGGGUUGAUUGUAGCGGACAUUGGCAGCCCGGAUCUCGUCGAGCCCUUCAUGGCGCGGCCCGAGUGGAAGAGCGCAGAGCUGCUGGACAAUGUCGCCGUCAUGUACUGGAUCCUGGGGCCAAACCUGACGGGGGACGCGAAAAUCCAGCAGUUUAUCCAAGAGCAUGCCAACAUCAAGCACAUUUUCUGCGCGGACGAUGCAUGCCCCAACAUGAUUACGCAUCCCGGCGCCGCUGCUAUCCAGACCAAGCUGCGUCGGAUCGAUCCCGAGCGAUUCCCCCUCCUCAAGUUUGAGAACACGGUCCAGUACCCAGCCCCUCCAGAAGGCUCUCCGAUCGAGCUGGGCCGAGCUGGACACAAGUUCCAGUUCAUGCCUCGUCUCGUGUUUGACGACCAAGCCAUUGCCCCGUUCCCUGAUCUGGUCGAGGCGUACGAAUCAGUAGAUGACGAGGUCCUCAAGAUGGCCGAACAAGCUCGCUCCGAAGCCACAGACCCCGAGUUUGUGGAGCGUGUUGAGAAGCAGGAGAUCGACAUUCCCAAUCGUGACGCCGAGAUCAUCCCUCUGGGCACAGGAUCGUCGGUCCCCAGCAAAUACCGAAACGUCUCCGCCACCCUGAUUCGAGUUCCGGGCAUCGGAAACUAUCUGCUCGACUGCGGCGAGGGUACGCUGGGCCAGAUCCGGCGUCUCUUUGGUGCCGAGGAGGCCGCAGACGUCUUGCGCAACAUGCGCUGCAUCGUCAUCAGCCACGUCCACGCCGACCAUCACAUGGGAACAGUCUCGCUGAUCAAGGCCUGGUACGAGCAGACGCUCCAGGACAACAGCAACGCAACGCUUGCCAUAUCCUGCAUCGGACGCUACCGGGUCAUGCUGGAGGAGCUGUCCCAGAUCGAGGACAUUGGCUACCACAGGCUGCGCUUCCCCAGCUGCCCCUAUCCUAAGGAGAAGGACCGCGACCUGACGACGCGCGAGGACCUGGGCGAGGACAACUUCGGCCUGGCCUCGAUCAAGCGCGUGCCCGUCCCUCACUGCUGGCGCUCGUACGGAACGCAGCUGGAGCUGACGUCGGGCCUCAAGAUUGCCUACUCGGGCGACUGCCGGCCGUCGAAGCAGUUCGCCCACGAGUGCCGCGGCGCGCACCUGCUGAUCCACGAGUGCACCUUUGGCGACGACAAGCAGGACCACGCAAAGGCCAAGAAGCACAGCACCAUGGGCGAGGCGCUCGGGGUGGCGCGCGAGAUGCGGGCGAGGCGGACGCUGCUGACGCACUUCUCGCAGCGCUACUCCAAGUCGGACUCGCUGCGGCGGGAGCGCGUCGAGGGCGUCGAGCACGACGUGCUGCUUGCGUUUGACUUUAUGGCGGUGCGGCUGGGGGAUUUCCAGAAGGCGGCGUGUUAUCUGCCGUCGGUGCAGCGGUUUAUGGAGAAGUUGGCGGAUUGA